UACACAACAACUUGGAGGCGCUUUUGUGUGUGGUGACACUAUGUCCAAAAUGACUGGUUAAAAAUACGACAGGGUGUCUUUCUUAAAAGACAUAUUGAUUGUUUAUCAAUGCAACCAAGGCGUCGGACAAAUCCGCCCACUUAUUUCUGGCUGUCACUUGUUUCCAAGGACCUCUGCAGCGGACACGCAGUGACAGAGUGAAGUGUUAUUUACGUGUGGAUUGAGUCGUGUUUAGACCUACAUCCUCGUCUCCAGGCAUGGAGGACAAGGAUGAAGAGACCUGCAGUAUAUACCCGAGUCUUGUUCCCCUCGGGAAUAAGAUCAAGGCCCGGGUGCAGCAGUUUGCCGAGGACCAAUCAGAGAUCUCGAUGUUGACAGUGUUAAUAAUCGGAGCAGUGAUGCUGAUCUCCCUCAUCGUUGUGGUCGUGUUUCUUCUCUAUAAGCGGUACAAGUUAUCCAAAGAGCAGGCCGGUCCACAAUACCGGUUCAGGAAGAGAGACAAGGUGUUGUUCUACGGCAGGAAGAUCAUGAGGAAGGUCCAGACGCUGUCCUCCACCUCCAACCCCGCCUCCAACGCUGCGUCCCGCCAGCGGGUCAGGAAGCGAACCAAAGUCAUGUCUAUCGCACGCAAGAUUCUGCGGAUCCGGAAGGAGCCCCCAACCCUCCAGCCCAAGGAGCUGCCCCCCUCCCUGCUGGAGGCGGACCUGAACCAGUACGACGUCGAGACGUCCCACCUCCCCUCCGAGGUCCUCUACAUGCUCAAGAACGUCCGGGUGCUGGGUCACUUCGAGAAGCCCCUCUUCCUGGAGUUGUGUCGUCACAUGGUGGUGGUCCCGCUGCAGCAGGGGGAGGCCCUGUUCCGCCCGGGGGACCUGGACGACAGCAUCUACGUGGUCCAGGACGGACACCUGGAGCUCUGCAUCCACGAGAGUGAUGGGACGGAGGCGGUGGUGAAGGACGUGUUGCCAGGCGACAGCGUGCAUAGCUUGUUGAGCAUGCUGGACAUUAUCACUGGUUACCCGGCCCCCUAUAAGACGGUGUCGGCGCGAGCGGCGGCGUCCUCCACCGUCCUGCGGCUCCCGGCGACCGCGUUCCAGUCGGUGUUCGAGAAGUACCCCGAGACCCUGGUCCGGGUCAUCCAGAUCAUCAUGGUGCGACUGCAGCGGGUCACCUUCCUGGCCCUCCAUAACUACCUGGGCCUCACCACGGAGCUCUUCAACACGGAGAGCCAGGCUAUCCCCCUGGUAUCGGUGUCCCAGAUCCUCGGUGAAGCCCACCCCAGAAGGCUCAGUCGCCAGGCCUCGCAGACUGAAGACCCGGCUGCCGAAAAGACAGACGCAGGAGAAGCAAAAAGGGCCACCUUUGAGGCAAAAUGCAGGAAGUCCAGAUCUCUCUCCACACCAAUGGCAGUUACAGUGGACAUGACUACAGACCUGAACAAGGCGUUUGAGCGGGCACGUGUCCGAAAGGAAGAGGGGCCAUCGGUAUCCUCAUCACCGCCGGCCCAGAAGUCUAUCCUGAAGAAGAGUGUCACCAUGCUUCACACUCCCUCAGCAGUGUACCACUACAGCGAGAGUGGAAGAAGUCCCUCCUCCACCUCCACCUCCACCUCUACCCCCUUCAACCCCUCCACCAGCUCCAACACCUCCACCACCGCCCCCGCACCCGGCCAGGUCCACCACAACAGGAUCAACGCCAUCUUCCAGGCUGCCAAGAAGGAUCUGCUGAAGGCCAUCCAACUGCAGGACCCCAGUCUGCUGGAGGGCAGGGUGACCUUUCGCCAGGUGAAGGCUGGGUGUUUGGUGGCCAGCCAGGGAGACCAGGACGUGAGCGUGGCGUUUGUGGUCUCGGGGGUCCUCCACGUGUACCAGAGGAUGAUCGACCGGGAGGAGGACAGCCUGCUGUUCGUCACGCACCCCGGGGAGAUGGUGGGCCACCUGGCCGUGCUCACCGGGGAACCCCUCAUCUUCACCGUGCGCGCCCACCGGGACUGCACCUUCCUCUCCAUCUCCAAGGCCCACUUCUACGAGAUCAUGCGGGAGGACCCCCGGAUGGUCCUGAACGUGGCCCACACGGUGGUGAAGAGGGUCUCUCCCUUCGUCCGGCAGAUCGACUUUGCCCUCGACUGGAUGGCCCUGGAGGCGGGCCGUGCCGUUUACAGACAGAAUGACCGGUCCGACAGCACCUUCAUCGUGCUGAGCGGGCGUCUGCGCUCCGUCAUCGCCAAGGACGACGGGAAGAAGGAGCUGGCGGGAGAGUACGGGCGCGGCGACCUCAUCGGCGUGGUGGAGGCUCUGACCCAUAUGAACCGGGCCACCACGGUGCACGCCGUGCGGGACUCGGAGCUGGCCAAGCUGCCCGAGGGGGCGCUGAACUCCAUCAAGCGGCGCUACCCCCAGGUCGUCACGCGCCUCAUCCACCUGCUGGGCCAGAAGAUCCUGGGGAACAUGCAGCAGGUCAACGCGCCCCUGGCAGCGCGUGGUCUGGGACUCCACACCCCCACCAGUAAGUGGGACUCUGGGAACCCGGCCUCCAACCUCUCCACCGUCUCCAUCCUGCCCGUCUCUGACGACGUCCCCCUCACUGCCUUCACCCUGGAGCUGAAGCACGCCCUCAGUGGCAUCGGUCCCACUUUGCUGCUGACCAGUGAUUCCAUCAAACAGUGCCUGGGCUCUGCUGCUCUGGACAGCGUGCAUGAGUACCGGCUGUCCAGCUGGCUGGGGCAGCAGGAGGACAUCCACCGCAUCGUGUUGUACCAGUCGGACGCACGCCUCACCCCCUGGACCCAGCGCUGCAUCCGCCAGGCCGACUGCAUCCUGAUGGUGGGCCUGGGGGAGCAGGAGCCCGCCGUGGGCGAGUUGGAGCGUAUGUUGGAGGGCAGUGCGGUGCGGGCCCAGAAGCAGCUGGUUCUGCUCCACCGGGAGGACGGCCCCCCCCCACGGGGCACCGCUGAGUGGCUCAACAUGAGGAGCUGGAUCUGCCGACACCACCACCUGUCCUGCCCUCGCAGGGUCUUCAGCAAGAGGAGCCUGCCCAAACUGAGGGAGAUGUACCAGCGUGUGUUUGACAAGCCGGCCGACCGUCACUCCGAUUUCUCCCGCCUGGCUCGCGGUCUGACGGGGAACAGCAUCGCCGUCGUGCUGGGAGGGGGCGGGGCCAGGGGCUGCUCCCAGGUGGGCAUCCUGCGGGCGCUGACGGAGGCCGGCAUCCCCAUCGACCUGGUGGGCGGGACCUCCAUCGGCUCCUUCAUCGCUGCGCUGUACGCCGAGGAGAAGAGCUGCAGGCGCAUGUGUGCCCGCGCACAGGAGUUUGCCGUGGAUAUGACCUCUAUCUUCAAGAAGGUCCUGGACCUGACCUACCCGGUGACCUCCAUGUUCUCUGGAGCCUCCUUUAACUCUAGCAUCAGCUCCGUCUUCAAGGGGAAACAGAUCGAGGACCUUUGGAUCCCCUACUUCAACAUCACAACAGACAUCACAGCGUCUUCCAUGAGGGUGCACACUGACGGUUGGCUUUGGAGGUACGUGAGGGCCAGCAUGUCUCUGUCCGGCUACCUCCCUCCACUCUGCGACCCCAAAGACGGACACCUGCUGAUGGACGGUGGAUACAUCAACAACCUGCCAGCCGACGUUGCGCGGAGCCUCGGUGCAAAGAUUGUGAUCGCCGUCGACGUGGGCAGCCAGGACGAGGACGACCUCACCAACUACGGGGACAGCCUCAACGGCUGGUGGUUGCUAUGGAAACGCUUCAACCCGCUGAGCGAGAAGGUCAAGGUGCUGAACAUGGCGGAGAUCCAGACGCGACUGGCGUACGUGUGCUGCGUGCGGCAGCUGGAGCUGGUGAAGGACAGCGAGUACUGCGAGUACAUACGGCCACCCAUCGACCGCUACGGCACGCUGGACUUCGGCAAGUUCGACGAGAUCGCGGACGUGGGCUACCAGCACGGCAAGACGGUGUUUGAGGUGUGGCAGCGUGGCGGGGUGGUGGACAGCAUGCUGAAGGACCGCCACCAGGAGGAGUUCCACAAGACCAAGAGCGGCAACGUGGUCACGUGUCCCAACGCCUCCUUCACCGACCUGGCGGAGAUCGUGUCCAGAAUCGAACCGGUCAAGAGCACGGCGAUAGAGGAGGAGUAUUCAGACGACGGCCAGACGGACUACGAGGAGGAGGACGCCGCGGGGAGCGCCCUGUCGGACUACGAGAUGUCCUACCUGACCGGCGAGCUGACGGAGGAGGAGGAGACGGCCGACACUGCCGAGACGGAUGAGGAAAUCCAGAUCAGACAUCGACACCGACAGAAGGGCGAGGAGCACGAUGGUCAUUGACCUUCAUCGUCAUCAUCAUGAACAAGGCUAUGACCCGUAGACCGACACCUGUCCAGACAGCACACCUGUCCAGACAGUCAUGUGUUUCUACCAGUGCACUUUGUAGAAGGUACUUAUGCACUAGCAAUCAUGAAGAACGCCCAUUUGCACCAUUUUGGCAUGGCCCAAAUAUAGGAAGAAUAGGACAAUAAGCCAAUAAGAAUGUCGUUGGUGGUAAUGGAAUUUUGGUAAUGUUUAUUAGUUCAUCUUGAAAUGAUUUGUCAUUAUUGGUAAACAUUGUUGUGUGUGACUGCCAUAGCGUCUUUCAUGCGAGAUUUGGAAAAAACUAAAUUUUUAUUAGCCUAGGUUACAGUAUGAUUUUAUUUAGAGUCGUACACUACUACAACCCUCGAUUCAUCACAAAAGGGCAGAGUAUCGUCACAAACAACUCCCAAGAUGGAUUCUGAUUUACAAAUGGCUGCUCACCCAUGGCCUUUACUCCCUGUGUGAUCGACGAAGCUGUGAAAUGUCACAAAGUAUAGGUUAUACAAGCAUAAACACACUAAUGGUACGUGUGAAACACUGUGACUAAAUGGCCCGAACACGGUCAUGCCAAUCUAACAAAUGAUUUACCGUAGCCAAAUCCUAAUGCAAUAAUCGAGUACAGUAUUACCUCAUUAACAACAGAGUGUUUGUGUGUGUGUGUGUGUGUGUGUGUGUGUGUGUGUGUGUGUGUGUGUGUGUGUGUGUGUGUGUGUGUGUGUGUGUGUGUGUGUGUGUGUGUGUGUGUGCGCGAAAGAGCUGAAUGUAAUCGGCUAACUCGUGUAAUUUCUACCUAGGAUAAUGCCGGGCGACAGCCAAUCAGUGCAAUAUCAGGCUAAUGUAUUGUGAAGGUGACUAAAUAUUAGUUUAUGUGACUGCGGGACAUUAUGAGGUCUAAUAAGCUAAUGGUGCCUUUAUUUACUUGUGUUUAGGCCUUCUGUUUUAAGUAACAUUUUAAAUUGUUUCAAAUCCUUUUUACCUAUGAUCAAUUCUAAUACUGAUUUAUAAUGAAGACAUCUGAAUUUUAUGAUUUUCAUUGUUGAAGAAAUGGAAUUUAAUUUGAGGCUAUUUGAAUAUUCUUGUGUUUUGAAUAAGUCAUAAUGAAACAAAGGGAGUAUAAAGGGGAAAACAAAAGGCCUAUUAGGCCGGCUACUUAAUGAGACUGACGGUUGUAUUGUACGUUAAGUUGCACAUCAAAUAAAAACCUGUAAACAGGA